AUGAAGCACUUGGCUAUCGUCGCUCUCCAGCUUUACGCUAACUUCAUUAGCCAGCCAUCUCGUAGCGUGAUCUGGGUGCUCAAGGUCAAGAAUGUCGACUUUAACCUCGUGGAAAUGAACCCUGGCGCUGACUUCUUCAAGUCCGAUGAAUUCGGGGCCCUGAACCCCAACCGCUUUGUGCCGGUCAUCAAGGACGAGGAUUUUGUGCUGACUGAGGGCAUGGCCAUCCUUCAGUACCUGGGUGAUCGGUUCAACUGGACCGGCCCUGCAGACCUUUAUCCGAACGACAUCAGGGUGCGCGCCAAGAUCGACGAGUACUUGCACUGGCAUCACACCAACACGCGUCUCUUUACAAUCAACAUCUUCCGCCCAGCGACCGCCCAGAGAAACAACAGCGCGACAGGGAAGGACUUGGAAGCUUUGGGGGGCACGGACGAUCUCAUUGCCAAGGUGUUUGGCCUACUCGAGGUGUUCUUGGUGAACGACUACAUCGCCCAUACAAACUUCCCGACCAUUGCCGACUUUGCUGCUUACUGCGAGAUUGACCAACUGGGAAUGAUGGGCUUUCAGUUUUCACAGUACCCCAAGGUGUCAGCCUGGAUUGGUCGAAUGAAGAAAACUGCGUAUAAUGAAGAAGUCCACCAGAAGCUGGAGGUGUACGUCGACGAGCGCGGUCUACGAAACUUUCAUUCGUAG